AUGGAUAAGUGGUUGACAAAACUUCCAAAAAAAGUAAGUUAUUACCUUUUAGUUUAAACUAUGUUUACAUAUAGCUAUGGAAAGACAUCUUCGAUCAUAUUGAAGGCAUCGAAAGCUUGGCCGCUAUAGCAUCGAGUCAUAGAAGCUUUUACAAAUGGAUCAACAGAGACUUCAGACGGCUGUGUUAUCGAGAGGGAAUCUACAGGUUCCAAGGCGAAUCCUGGGCUAACGCCUUCAGUUUGUAUGUUUUUGUAAUUCUUUGAGAAAAGAUUAUUUUAACACACAUAUUUUAAGUCACAAGUAGAGGCCAAUUAACGUUAGACUAGUUUAAAUUAACAAUAAAUGUAAAUAUAUGUUUUAGAACGACUUACCGCGCAUUUGAUUUGAAUGGCUUGAGCGUAAGCACUUGUCCUAAUACUGGAAAGGUUGUGUUUUACUUACAUUCACAACAUGCCAUUAUUUCUCACAUCGACUUUUCAAACUUUCAGUACGAACUAAUUGAUUUUAAACAACAUUUUGAAGAGUCCAUGAAAAGGAUCCUUAUUGCAAACAAAGGAACACGUCUGAUUAUCAAUUGUAAGACAAAGGAAACCGAACAAAUCGCGUACUUGUAUGACAUCUCCUCUAAACAAGUACUCAGAAAGUUUGAAACAACAAACUUUUAUUACGGACUUUACCUCCAAGUAAAUGACAAUAACACAAUAUACGAUCCAUUUACGAAUAGAGAAUUUGAAAUACCUUCAGGCAUGCGGUUUGCUGGAGGUAAAUCUGUUGGUAUAACUAAAGAUAGAUACGGUGAACAUCGCUAUAUACCUUUAUUCGCACGUUUACAAGAAGAAUUAUACAUCAAAGAAAUGAAGACUGACCAAGUUUUUAAGUUGGGGAAUGUUAACAAGUACUUUAUGUACUGUAUUCUAGAGGAAUCCGGCCUUAUUUAUAUCUACAGUAAGUUAUUGUAGGCAACAAAACGAAGUCAGGAACUUGUGGGGCAGGGACUUUCGGGGUGAGAACUUUUGGGGCGGGUAAUUUUUGGCGAAAUUAUUAUAAAAAAACUUCAAAUUUUCACUAUAUAAAUUCAGGGUAUUUUUUAUAGGUAAAAAUUCGUAUUUAGUUUAUACGAAAUGACUAUUUAGUCAUAGAAUGAAAACAUGUAAGUUUACAAAUAUACUCAAAUAAAAAAAUAGUUUUUAAAGUGUUACUUUUUUUAAUUAUUUUUAUUCUUACGUACUAGAUUUCAAAUCAUACCCGACACCAUCUUUUGUCAAUUCUAAAAUAUAACGCCACCGUUUUUUAAAUCAGACUUACGGAAAGAAAAAAUUCUCUUUUAUCCUAAUACUUUUAUAAAAAAAUUAUCAAACAACAAAAUGUAAGUUUUUCCAUCGUGUAGCUGUAGCAAUAUAUUUUUUUUCCUGCCGUAAGUCGUAAUUGAACAAUAAAAGUGUUAUAUUUUAAAAUUGUUAAAAAACGUUGCGUUGCUGGGUAUGGUUCCCUCUUUUUGAGAUUACAUAAGUAUAAGAAUAACAAAACAUAAAAAAUAAAAAGUAACACUUCCGUAAAACUAUUUGUUUAUUUGAGUAUAUUUACAUAUAAACUGACAUUUUUUUAAAUAGUCAUUUUGUUAAAAAUAUAAAUUUUAACUUAUAAAAAAUACCCUGAAGGGAGAUGAUGGAAUUACUAUAUGUUUUUUAAACUUCCCCAAAAUUGCCCGCCCCAAAGGUUCCUUGUCCCAAAAAUUCCGGAGCCGAUAGCUCCUUGCCCCAAAGGUUCUCGCCCCGAAAGUUUCUGCCCCAAAAGUUCAGUAAUCAGGGGUUUGAAAGGGAAGAUCAAAAAAUGUGUUUGCUACUAAAUUUAUUCAGAAAAUCAUUUCUAGACUAUUCUUGUGGAGGGAAUGGCUACAACAAAAUUCAAUUAUACGAUAUAAAAACCCAAGAAAAAGUGUAUGAACGGUGGUACAAUCCAUAUAAGGAUGAUUGGAUCAUCUUUUCAAAUCAUGCUAUAUAUAACAGCGAAACUGGCGAAGUGUGUUUGUUUAAAUAAUGGUUAAAGUUUUUUAAUUUUUAAUUUAAUUUGCUUUUGUUCGUCCAGUUUGGCCAAUUUUUGUUUUUGUCUGUUAAAAGCACAAUUUCAACUUUUUCAGUAUGUAAUUUACGACCCAAAGAAGAAACAAUUUUACUCGAGGUUCAUCAAUUGUCACCACCCAAACUCGAAACAGUAUAUACCUCAAAAAAAAGUGUGUAGCUUUACAUCUUUGGGUAGAGCAGAUGGGCGUAGACGUUUCGAUUGGUGUAACGCUCACGAAGAAAAGUCUACAUUCUUUUUCGACUAUAACAAAGGUAAGGAGACAAUUGCCGUAAAAUAAUUCAAAAAUAUGAAAAGGUAGUGUGAAAUAGAUUUGACAAAAUAAAUUUAGGCCUAUUUAUGAAUGUGGUUUUUUAGGCAAUCUGAAGUUGAUGCCAAUUUGUGUAGAUGAAACAGCAUUUGUUGCUGAGAUUUGCAAUCAAUGCGAAACCUUUUUGAUCGAACGUCAGGAAGCGGGAUUGGAUAGUGCUACUUUGGCUGAUGAAUUUAAACAGUUUUUUAUGUCCCAAUUACAAUUACUGGUAACUCGUCCAGCGAUUCCAGAAGUGAAACGAUUUAUUGCUGAUGGUUGUCCUCUGAUGCCUAUUAAAAAGUUAACUUCUUCUUUGUGCUCUUAUUGA